CCAGAAAUUAACCAGCAUGAAGUCGUCUUCCUCCUCGAUCGCCCUGACCUGCUGCCUCCUCCUUGCUCUUGUUGCGAGCCAUGCCGCCUUCGCUGCUGCUGCCCAGUGCACGUUCGAGAUCAUCGUCAAGACAGGAGGCAGGGAGGACGCCGGCACCGACUCCCGCGUAUCACUACAAGUGAGCGCCGCGACAGGCCGAACCCUGACGAUCACGAACCUGGAAUCCUGGGGCAAGAUGCCCGCCGGCCACGACUACUUCGAGAGGGGACACCUGGACAGGUUCAGCGGCAAGGGCAGGUGCCUGCCCAGCGAGCCCUGCAAGAUGGUCCUGAGAUCCGACGGUCAGGGCCACAAACCCGGCUGGUAUGUGGACUACGUGAAGGUCACCCAGUUGGGCAGUAGAGGAUCGCCCAAGCAGCGCAGGUGGGCGGUGGAUCAGUGGCUGGCCAUCGAUGAAGCGCCCAACCAGCUCUUCGCUUCCAGGGAUGGCUGUGGCUUCGCCGCGGCAUUGCCGUGAUCCAUCCAGCUCGAUCGUCUAAGUGUGGGGUAACUUAUUAUAUGUUAAAUAUAAAUAAAUAAGUUCGAGCGCGCCGGAGAUGUAUGCAGUACAAGUGUGGGUAAUUGUUAUGGACGACGGCCGCGCCACUGUAUGGUUCAUCCAAUAAUGUAAUCAUGGUAACUUAUGAAGCUGCAAUAGUGCAAUAAUCUUAUUAUUACAGUUUCC